GUGAAAGCGAAAGCGCACGUGUAGAAGAAAGAAGAUUUUUGUUGCUGUCAGGUUGAUGUGAAAGAAAUGGAUGGUGGUGAGAAAGAUGAUGUACCCAUUCUAUCGGAUACUCGUUCUCAAAUUAUGGGUGCUGAAUUAAAGAGGUUUACAGCCAGAAGUCGAAGUGUGUCUAUGUCCAUACCGAUGAACUCCAUGGACUGUUAUGAUUCUUAUGAAAGUGAAAAUAUUCUUGCAAGUCACACUGGUCCUUUGAGGAGUGAAAGAAGAACCCCUUUCAUACAGAUGAGUGGUCCAUUGUAUAUUAGUAGGAAAAAUGAGAAUCUUACUCAGUCUGUGGAUGUGAAAAUGGGCCGCACUUCACUUAUGGCAGAAACAUUUUCUUCUAAUAGAAUAGAUAGAAAAGACUGGUCAGAUGACAACUUUACCACUAAUGAACAUUUAUUGAAGUCUGGGCCUUUGGGUGUAUGCAAUGAUCCUUACUGCACAACUUGCCCAACGUAUGAUAAUUACAGAACCAAACAGAAGGGCUCAAGAGCUUCAGGCAUAUUUGACUACAAGAAUGCUCUUUAUGGGGAUGCUAAAGGUUGGGCAUGGAAGUUCUUCUCCUCUCUAUAUUCAUACAUUCCUGGAGUGAUGAAUCCUCAUGCGAAAGUUGUACAGCGAUGGAAUAAAUUUUUUCUCAUUUCCUGCUUGCUAGCGAUUUUUAUGGACCCCUUGUGUUUCUUUGUGCUUACGGUGCAGGAGGACUACAAAUGCAUAGUUCUUAACUUUCACUGGACAACAGCAUUUGUUGUUCUUAGAAGCGUGACUGAUUUCAUUUACUUAUUACACAUGCUUCUUCAGUUUAGGCUAGCUUACGUUGCUCCGGAAUCUAGAGUGGUGGGUUCUGGAGAUUUAGUUGACCAUCCAAAGAAAAUUGCUGUACAUUACCUUUGUACCUACUUUUUAAUUGAUGCAUUUAUCGUAUUACCUCUUCCUCAGAUCAUGAUAUUGCUGGUCUUGCCUAAAUACCUCGGAUCAGCGACCUAUGCAAAAAAUCUCUUAAGGGCCUCUGUUCUUCUUCAAUACAUACCCAGAUUUUUCAGGUUUCUGCCUUUGGCUUCUGGUCAGUCUUCGACCGGCUUCAUAUUUGAAUCAGCAUGGGCAAACUUUGUUCUUAAUCUUCUCAUAUUUGUAUUGGCUGGGCAUGUUGUCGGGUCAUGCUGGUACCUCUUGGGAUUACAGAGAGUUAAUCAGUGUCUACGAAAUGCCUGCAAUGACUCUGGGCUGGAAGUUUGUACUGCAUUUAUAGAUUGCGGACACAAGGAGAAUAUUGGGAAAUUUAUAAGAAAUGUAGAACAAAACUCGACAUGGAUAUCCUGGAAGGACAAUGCAAAUGCUACUGAUUGUUUUAGCGAAGAUGGUCGCUUCAGUUUUGGGAUUUACAUCCAAACUGUUAAUCUUACCACAGAGCCUAGCAUCCUUACAAGAUACGUAUAUUCCUUAUUUUGGGGUUUCCAGCAAAUCAGUACUUUGGCCGGAAAUCAAGUUCCUAGUUAUUUUGUUUGGGAAGUUCUUUUCACUAUGGGAAUCGUUGGCCUUGGCUUGUUGCUGUUCGCUUUACUAAUUGGAAAUAUGCAGAACUUUCUCCAAGCUCUUGGACGGAGACAAUUAGAGAUGCAACUAAGGCGUCGUGAUGUUGAGCGGUGGAUGAGUCAUCGGCGCUUACCUGUGGAACUAAGAAGGCAAGUAAGACAAUCAGAACGGUUUAAUUGGGCUGCCACCCAGGGGGUAAAUGAAGAAGCGCUACUACAAAAUCUGCCAGAGCACCUGCAAAGAGAAAUACGUCACCAUCUUUUUAAAUUUCUCAAAAAAGUCCGUAUUUUUGCCUUGAUGGAUGACCAUAUCUUAGAUGCCAUUCGUGGGAGACUACGGCAGAAGACAUACAUAGAAGGAAGCAAAAUUUUAAAUUGCGGAGAUCCAAUUGAGAUGAUGGUCUUUAUUGUGCGAGGGAAAAUGGAGAGUGUUGGAGAAGAUCGAAAUAAAGUCUCUUUAUCAGUAGGGGAUGUUUGUGGUGAGGAGCUUCUCACAUGGUGUCUUGAAAGCUCUUCAGUGAACAAAGAUGGACAGAAACUCAAAAUGCCAGGACGAUUACUUUCAAACAGGAGGGUGAGUUGCUUAACUAACGUGGAAGCAUUUUCACUCCGAGCUUCUGAUCUAGAAGAAGUCACCUUUCAUUUCGCCAGAUUCUUACGAAAUUCACGUGUUCAAGGAGCCAUAAGAUAUGAAUCACCCUAUUGGAGAGGAUUUGCAGCAACGGGAAUCCAAGUAGCAUGGAGAUACAGAAAGAAACGUUUAAAUCGACGGGAUGCCUCCUCUGAUCGUCAAACAUAGGCUUCCAGUGUGAUAGUGAAGUUUAUUUUGUUGCAACAUGUGCUUCUAUGGAUUGAUGCAAAUGUAGCUUACUCCAUAAGUUACGUGUGUUUUGAUGUAAAUAUAGUCAACUCCAUGGUCUGAUCAUCCUAGCGAAGAAAGUCCCAUUUAGGGAUGUCUACUCAAAUCAAUACUGUUGGAUGUAAAAUCCUAACUCCAUUAUCUAA